ACUUAAAAAUUGAGAAGAUGGGGCGACUGACGUUAGAAGAAAGGAUUCUCUGCAACCUGCUGCAUCAACAAGGAAACACGAUAUCGGAGAUUGCCAGAAGACUUGGAACUACAAGAAAGACGAUUCGGAAAACAAUCGAGAGACGACAGACAACUGGAUCUUAUGAAGAUGCUGCACGACCAGGGAGACCCAGGAUAUCAACAGCCAGAGAAGAUAGAAUUCUUGUGAGAGAAUCUCUGCAGAACAGAAGAGAGACCGUUCCACAGCUAAGGACUGAGUGGAUGCAGAAUGGAGUCCAAGCAUCCAACACCACAGUAAGACGGAGACUGAAGGAAGCUGGUCUUGUAGCACAUGUGGCUUUGAAAAAACUCUCUCCUCACAGCUGUUAUCGCAGGAAAAGAUUGCAGUUUGCACUGGCUCAUGCCAAUUGGACUUGGGUUGACUGGUCAGCAGUGCUUUGGUACAGAUUUACCCUUUUUCAAAAUGAUAGCCGUGUGUUCGUCAGAAGGAGAAUGAGGCAUACAGAAACAAAUUGUACCAACAGUCAAGUUUGGUUGGGGUGGUGUAACUGGGGUGCCAUGUACUACAGGGGAACACUGGAUUCUUGA